ACGUCAGAACGCCCAGCCUCUUGGCCAAGAGCAUCCUGGAAGGUUACCGUCCUAUUCCAACAGACCCUUACCUGAGAGGGAAUUCACCCUUGCCACCCCCUGUCAGUGACAGGAUGAGAAAGAGACGGGCUUUUGCUGAUAAAGAGUUGGAGAACAUUAUGCUAGAGAGAGAGUAUAAAGAGAGAGAGAUGAUGGAAGCUACACAAGCAGCUGCCCUUUUUCUCCCUAACCGCAUAGUCCGUGGAGCUGAAUACAACUCAUAUAAAACAGCCUUCAACACUAUUCAAGUUGAUGGUCCAAACAAGGAGUUUUGCAAUUUUUUACCAACCUGCCUUGAUCUAACGAUGCAGUAUUCAGGAUCCAGCAACAUGGAGCUAAUUUCUUCAAAUGUCAGUGUAGCUACUUCCUACAGGCAGUAUCCCCUGCCUUCUAGGUUCUUAGUGUGGCCAAAAUGUGGCCCCAUUAGCGAUGCUCUUCUCUACCAGCAAUGCCUGUUAAAUGCUAGUACUGUCCAAGCUCUCAAACCUGGGGCAGGUUGGGAUGCCAAAGUCUCACAAAGUCAAGACUGUCCAAACACUGAGCAUGACAUCAUGCCUCCGAAACUGGAAAAUUCACUUAUUCUGACUCACACGCAAGACAUUCAGCAGUCACGUAAUGAAAUACUUUGCCUUCCUCAGGAAGCUCGGGAGAGGUCAGCUUUCUCUCCUCCAAAAAGAACUUUCUCGCAGAUUUCUGAUAAGGAUUCUCUGCCUCCUCAGGAGCAGGUAUUAAGCAAGAUAAGCAAAAGCAGUACCAAACCUCCUGCCCCGCUCAAAUACAGCCCGUUUCAGUCACUGUUCCAGCAGACAUUUUCUGACAGAUCAGGAGCAGAGUUAAGAACAUCAUUUAUGAAAGAGACUUUUGAAGAUGCUUCUAAGAAAUACAGAGAGUGUGCUGUUAAAGAGAACCAAAAGUACAAGUUUACUGUAGACAAAUGUGCAAAAGACUUCUUUGGGGCCACAACAAAACUUUCAACAACUGAACCACUGUCAUUUUCAGUUGAAUCCAUCCUUAAAUGACCUUCUUGUGCAGGUACUAAUGUCUCUCAAUGAAUAAACUAGACCUUCAGAGUAGAGAGUAAGUUUUGCCUUCUGCCGAAUUGCCACUGCCUGCCUUAUCUCUUUAAAGAUUUUUAAAGAUGAAUUUCUGCUGUAAAUGGUAAUUCCUUCUUUUAUCUCAAAAUUAUAUACGUAAAUAUGCAUGUUUUCUGAAAAAAAUUUCAAUUUUUAAAAAUUGAAACCACAUGUAUAGAUUGGUAAGUGUUGU